AACUAAAAUAUUGCAGUAGUUACUGAAACUUUUAAAGAAUAUUUACAUAAUUUUCCUUUUAUUUGCUUAAAAGUUUUAAGUUGCAGUCAUUAGGGUUUUGAUUAUGCGUCUACUAGAUUUUUUGGUCCGAGAUUUAAGGAAGGGAAAGUUGUGUUCCCAGGUUAGGGUUUGGUAAAAGAAUUUGUAAACUCAAGUUUUUUUUGUUUGGAGAUCUGUUACCUUUUUAAUUUGUUUCUCUAACAUUUACAUGAGUGAGUAGAUAGACCAAAGUCAGCGAUACGGACUGACUUGGGUCUUGCAUAGUAUGAGAGGGUACAAGUGGAAUAUAAAUUAGAAUCUGGAGAUUCUGUUGCUGCAAUUUUGGUCUCCCCACUAAUUCCUUAUAUUUUCUUUGUAUACAAAUUUAGAAGAAAAAGAGUGAUGUCGGGAUCGGAGACAGGAGUGAUGACUAGCACUGCUACAAGGGAGCCAUUCGGCGGCAUGACGCCGCAGCCGGUCAUACAGAACAUGCGUUUAGCGUUCAGUGCUGAUGGUUCCGCUGUUUAUAAGCCCGUCAUCGACAGCAACCCAACCGCGUCACCGUCUUCUUCCUCGGCCGGCGGUGGAAGUAUGGAAGGAGGAUCUUUUGGGAUUAAUAUGAACAUGAACAUGGGAAGUGAGGCUAUGAAGAAAAAACGAGGGAGGCCCAGAAAGUAUGGGCCAGAUGGCAGCAUGGCAUUUGCUCUUGCAUCUGCACCUCAACCAAUCAAUAUUGCCCACCCAACUGCUGCUGCUGCCGGUAAUUUCUCUCCUCCUCCUCCUUCUGUUUCGGCUGCUGGUUCGGGUCAAGCUACUCCGGCGGUUAAUCCUCCUCUUCAGUCGGGUGGAUCGGCAUCGCCAACUGGAAUCAAGAAAGGGAGAGGCAGACCUCCUGGUUCUUCCAACAAAAAGCAUCCACUUCAGGCUCUGGGAUCAGCUGGAUUUGGAUUUACACCGCAUGUUAUACCUGUGAAGGCUGGAGAGGACGUAUCAUCAAAAAUAAUGUCUUUUUCUCAGCAUGGGCCAAGGGCUGUUUGUAUUCUGUCAGCAAAUGGUGCUAUAUCCAACGUGACUCUUCGCCAACCAGCUAUGUCUGGUGGAACUGUAACUUAUGAGGGAAGAUUUGAAAUUCUGUCGUUAUCUGGCUCAUUUCUGCCAACAGAAAAUGGUGGUCAAAGGAGCAGAACUGGGGGGUUAAGUGUGUCUUUAUCUGGCCCAGACGGUCGUGUGCUAGGUGGUGGUGUAGCUGGUCUUCUAAUGGCUGCUUCUCCUGUUCAGGUAGUAGUGGCAAGUUUCAUUUAUGAUAGUCGCAAGGAAUCAAAGUCGCUUAACCAUAUUGAAUCGCUAUCUGGAGUGAACAAACUCACUCCAGUUGUAGGAACAACCAGACCGAGCAGCCCACCAUCACGGGGUACUCUCAGUGAAUCCUCAGGUGGACAAGGCAGUCCACUGAACCAGAGUACCGGAGGCUGCAAUAACAAUAACAAUAACCUUCAAGGCAUCUCAAGCAUGCCGUGGAGACUUGGGUCUGACUAAUCCAUGUGAAGGCUUCCAAUCUGAUGAUGUGUUAAUAGUGUAGGCCUGAGUAGUUUAAUCACUGGUUAAAUAAAGACGCUAAAAAUGGGAUUUGAGUUCUUUAAGGUAGCUGCAAUAGGAGGUAACUAGUAAGAACAUCUCUUUUGGAAUCCUGAUGCUUGUAGGUCCUAGAAUGAGAUGAGUGAGUAGCUGGACAAUGACAUAUCUUAUCUUAUUGUAGUUUUUUAAAUUUAUUUGAUUACCACCUAUAAUCUAAUUAAUUAAUCAAUCACGGCCUUGCUACCGUGGCAGUAGUCUUUUCCUUUGAUUUAA